UUGACAUCCUCACAAAAAAAUUGUCUAACUGCCUAACAAUUAAACGAUGAGGUAAUCUUAUUUUAAAGGUUCACAUAGGAUGUGAUAUAUUUAUGGCAUAUUGGUAAUGUAUUUUGUUCAGGUGUCAGCUAGGUCAAAUAUUAGCAUUGAGAAGCUGAACAUGUCUGGGAAGGGAGAAUGCGUAUACCACAACAUGAGUGCACUCUCACAUGCCAGGUUGCAGUUCGGCAGAUUAAAGGCUCUAUCUGUGUCAUAGAGCCUGUAUCAUUUCUGGUAGAAUUGCUCAUGAAGACAGUGGCUGUCCUUUGAGGGUUUUGUUUUGCAAGCCAUAUGCAUAAAAUAGAAUGGGCUGAAGAAGGUUCUCUGCCAGUGGGCUGACUGUGUGUGGUUGUUUGAUGGAGGACAUUUAGUCUGAUUUGGUCAGGAUUUACACUCUUCACAUAUACAGAUUUGGCUCACAAUUUAUAUUUAGGCAUUUCCACAACCGCUUUUACCGUUUCAUUUUUUUGUAUUUUUACAGAGUUCGAUUUGUAAUGUCCACACUAAAGUGACACUGAAACUUUGUGUAAUCAGUAAUAUGGUCUUAUUCUCACUAUUUGCAUCACAAAUAGAAAUUACUGUGUGUCAUUGUUAAUUUAAGAAGCACUGUCAAUUUGCACUCUGGUGCAAGCACAUAGUCUUUCUGCAGCCCUUGCAGGGAUAUUAAUGAUGCUGUGUCUGGCAGUCUGGAGUCACACCCUGCUUCUCUCCAGGGGUACACGUCAUGAUAGAUUCUUCUGUUCUGGGUUCAUAUCAGCACUGAGAAUUUCUGCCUUCCCUGAAAUGCUGACAGUUGGCAGCUCUGGGAUUGGCUGGCAGUGAUGUAAUUGGCUGUUAAUAAUUCAUGUCUUUAAGAAAGUGAAAACCCCUAAGCAAGAGGACAUGAAGGAGAAUCAAUGGCCUGUUACUGAGAAGGGAGAGGCAAAAGGUUGAGAGAAAAUGUGCCUGUGAUGACAUCAGCAAGCCAUCAGUUGGAGUGCUGUCUUAUUAUUAAACCCAGAUUGGUUUGCACAGUUCAUCGGAUUCCAAGGCGGGAUGCAUUUUUAUUCACGAGCCUCUGUGAGACAGUAAGUGACCUCAGCAUGACCGUGGAGGCCCAUACCAUGUGAAGGCCCUUGCCACUUUCUGGGAAUUCCCCAUUGACCAUCACUACCGACUCAUCGGGACUCUCUUCAUUAAUAUACUGGCAAAGUCCGCAAAGGGCUGCUUGCCAUGAAGUGGAUUCCCAUUCCCUGAGUAGCACCAGGCAUGCCCGUUUUGCUCCUGGCCACAGACAGCAGAUGCUCAGCCUCUACGGCCUGGUAGCUUUUGGAUCCUUUCCUGUCGACCCUCACAGUAAAGGAACAUUGACUGUUUCCUCACUGUUGCCUGUCAAUCGACAUCCUUGGAUUUGGAAAUGAUGGAAGGUUUGGAAGUGGAGGACAUCAGCCCUGCGUUGGAGGCGACGGAGGAAUUUCUACACUGCCUUGAGGGGGCGUCAACGCAUGGUGGCCGGCAGCCCAAGCUGCAGGAGGUGUCGGCCAUAGGACAGCUUGGCUCUGGGGCCUUGUGGGGCCUGCUAGCUGCAGAGCACCUGGAGGUGUCCCCACACAGUCUGGCCUGGGCUGACCAGGCGCCUUCCUUCAGCAUCUUCGGGCUUCGUCAGGGCAAGCGCAGCCGGGCACGGUCCACUAACGACCUGGCUGCCCAUGCCAAGGAUGACAACAACAGCACCAGUUCCUUCAAACCCGGCCAUAAUCGCUCCCGUUCCGAUGCCAACUAUAAGUCAUAUGUGGACAAUGGGAUGCUGACUGUUGACAAGAACAUGCUGAAGAAUAUGCUGGCCCUUAACAACAAGAGGGAAGGCGACAAGCAGAGCAGCCCCAGCACGGUGAAGCAGGGCGAGCUGGAGCAGCGGGAGGGUGCGUCUGGCCGCUGGAGUGCCUGCCACGUGGAGCUCACGCCCUGCGAGCUGCGCCUCUACGGCCUGGACAGCAGCGGCAACCGACAGCUGUGCACGGCCUACUCGCUGUCGCACUGCCACAGCGUCUGCGCCCCGCUGCCCCAGGAUGGCUGUGUGCUCCAGGCCGUCUUCUUCAACAGUACCCGGCUGCAGCUGCGUGCGCCCUGCCAGUGGGAGGCGCUGGAUUGGCGGCGCUGCCUGUGGGAACGCGUGCUAGCCGCACGGCCCUCUCGCCAGCAAGGGGAGCCUCUUCCUGCAUCUGCACCCGGCCCUGUCACCCCCUCGGCGCCCCGCCCUCCGCUGCGGCCAACAGCCCUGCCCAUCUUCACUCAGCGCUGCGCCGACGUGCUCAAGGCGGGGCUGCUGCACCAGCGCACAGACCUCAACAACUGGAGCACCUUCACCUUUGUGCUGAGUAAGACGCAGCUCCAGGCCUUCCCCACCGGUGGUCAGGGCUCUGUGUCGGAGCCCGUGCUGUGCUACUCGCUGGCCAGCUGCCUGGCCGUGCAGCGGGACGACUCUGAGGGGAGCCGUGCCCGCUUCCAGGCCGUGUUCGAUCGUGAUGUGCUGCGACUGCAGGCCGACGACGAGCGCACCGCCCAGGACUGGGUGGAGGCCCUGCGAACGGCCUCUGCGGCCCGGCGUGCCUCCACCGCCGUUGACACCCCUCAGCCCAGCAGUCCUCCUGUGCUGAUGCGUAGCAAACCCGCUGGUCAGCGGCGCCACCGAGAAACCCAGCGGGGCAAGCGCCAGUCAGUCACCACCAGCUUCUUGGGCAUCCUCACCUGCCUGGCCGUGGAGAAAGGCCUGACGGCCCAGAACUUCAGAUGUGCAGGCUGCCAGAAGCCCGUGGGACUGUCCCGGGGGAAGGCCAAGGUAUGCUGCUACAGCGGCUGGUACUACUGUCCGAGCUGCCAUGAGGACGACCUCUUCCUCAUCCCCGCCCGCCUGCUGCACAACUGGGACACCAGCAAGCACAAGGUGUCCAAGCAGGCCAAGGAGUUCCUGGAGUUUGUGCAGGAGGAGCCGCUGCUGGAUGUGCAGCAGCUGAACCCGCGGCUGUAUGAGCACUGCGACUCCCUGGCCGCCGUGCUGCGCCUGCGCCAGCAGCUGCAGUCCCUGCGCGCAUACCUGUUCAGCUGCCGCGCCGCCGUGGCCGAGGACCUGCGACGCAGGAUCUUUCCCAGGGAGUAUCUCCUGCAGCACAUUCACCUGUAUUCCUUGGCUGACCUUCAGCAGGUGAUCGAUGGAAAGCUCGCCCCCUUCCUCUCCAAGGUGAUCAAGUUUGCCAGCUCCCACGUCUAUAGCUGCAGCCUGUGCAGUGAGAAAGGCUUCAUCUGCGAGAUGUGUCACAAUGGCCAGGUCAUCUACCCCUUCCAGGAAAGCGCCACCAAGAGGUGUGAGGGCUGCGGGGCGGUCUUCCAUACGGAGUGCCACAUGCGGGCCCAGCCAUGCCCUCGCUGCGUGCGCAGGGAGCUGCACAAGAAGCCCUCGUCCUUCUGGAGGAGCAUGGGCCCCUGGGAUGACCCCGCCAACGACCCCUACAACUGCUUUGAGCUGCCCUUCCAGGACACCUGAACGACUUGCCAAGAGAAGGGAAACGUCUGGGGGCUGGAGUGGAAGACGGGGCAGAUUUUGGGUGGAGAGUGUGCCGCUACCCCUUCCAGGGCAGGGCACCUGUCCUUCUGUUCUAGGAAAAACGGAACGGAAUCUACACAUAAUGCGGCUUGUGUGCGGGGAACAUGUGUAGCGACUUGUGAAUGGUACCUGUGUGGAUGAGACUCACUGAUGGUGGAAUUGGAGUGUGUGUGCGUGUGUGUGUAAGCUAGUGGUGCCCGGAGUACUAAGCUCUUAGUGUAAGUGCCCAGGGGGAUGGAGAUAGAUGUUGUUCUCCCUGUCUGCUCACCUGGUACAGAAACACAGCCAGACAAAAACACUUUGCACCUCUCACAGAAGAAGUGCUGCUCCAUAAUGAGACCAAAUGACCCUCUCCUUUCAUCUUUGAAAUUAGUGCUGGGACCAAUAAGAAUGCACACACUCAGAGACACACAAGACGCGCAUCCUUAGUCGCACACACUCACAGAUGAAAGGGAAGGGGCCCAGGCUCUGAGGAUGUGAACCGUGAUUCUGUAACAGCGGCACCAUGUACAGAGGACUCUGCGGUGUCCUCCUCCGCGCUGCUGCGGCACCUUCCACUGCUCUGCAGGCUCCACUCCACUCGCUUCUGCUGCACUAGUGCUUUCUCUCACCUCGAAAGCUUUGUAUGAGCAGUGUUAGAGAAAGAGGCUUCUGGGAUGCUCGCAUCAUGUUGGAAAAGGCUGAGAGCCCAGGCCCAGCAUCCAGAGUGCAUCACUGACCUGUUCUUCCCAUGGAUUGGACCACACAUGCUGACUCAUCGCACUGUUAACUCUACCACCCUGUCUGUCCUGACACUGGCUCCUUAAAGAGUGACAUGUAAUUAGCGGGUCAAAUUUAAUAUCAAUGUACUGUUCAAGUCUUCCAUUUGUCUCUCGAAUUUGUUGUGCCAUCGAUUGCACUACUGCUUAUGAUUGAGAUUGUUCUAUUACUAAGAAUCCCCCAGUAUUGAAAAUGCUUAUUCUGUGCGUGUUACCACAGUAACCAUUUUUAUUGUGUAUCUCCACUAAAAGCAGGAGCCAGAGUGUUGACUCAUCCUCCCCAUCACUUGGCUUCUGACUGACUUUUCAUGUCUGGGCUGAUUGUUGUCAUGCUAGGGCUGGUCAUUUGGGUGAUGAGAGGGCUGACUUCAAGGGCCUGGUCUUUGGGCUGAGCUGUACAAGGGAAAUGGUGCAAUCCGCUUUGUUUUAAUCUCAAUCUGUCACCUCAGCUGAAGUUUGAUUACAAAACGGUACUAUUACAGCCCACAAAUGGAAGACGGCUCAAAGUCCCAAGUGCAAGCGAGGAUGAGGAAGCCGAAUGUCAGUCCCCAUGUGUCCUCCUGCCGUGCUCCUUGCUGCUUCUCCUGAACCUACGGCAAUAACUAGCUUUGAUUUGCUGUUAUUAAAAACCUACAGCAUUUCCUUUAUGGUACAAUGACCGUUGUAGAUUGACAAAAAAUCCAGAAACUCCCCUAUGCAACCUCCACUUUUAGCCCAUUUUGAUUGACCAAGGAGUGCUGUCUUGAACCUGCUGCAUCUCCAGCAUCUUCAGCGUUUCCUUUGAUUCUUCUUUUUUUUUCUUCUCAAACUCUAUAAGCAUGGAGCUCAAAGCAGGAGCCAGGUGUCACUCCCUAAGUAGCCAUAUAUUCCCAGCUGACUUCAAUGGGGAUGAUGAUGAUGAUGAUGAUGAUGAUGAUCAGCUGAGGUUUUGCAAAGUUACUGAAGAAGGGAUCACAAGCAGACGAUAAGAAUGUUGUUCAUAACUGAUGGUCGGGUUACAUUCUUAUCAAAUACCCAGCUGAUUGACACCUUCUGAUUACCUGAACUGUCCACUGGAAGACAAUGUUCAGCAUGUAUUAAUGUUGGCAGAAGCAAUUAGGUGGACUUGGGGGGUGACCCCCUGAAGUACGUAAUCCUGUACCUGCAGUGUGUUUCCAUCUCCUGUUUGUAAUAAUUUUGAUAUUGUAUUUAUUUAAUUGAAGAUGACAUAGAUGGAAACAGCCUAAACUUGUUAGGAACUGACGCAGAUGAAGUUUAACCAAAAGUAAGGGAUUAGAAUGGAUUUUUCUCAUCAGUUUCUUGCCUUUGUUUUUAGUUUUUUGUUUUGUUUUUGAACCAUUAUACUUGCACUAAAGAAACUUUCUUUUAGUUAUACUCUGUAAAUUUGUAAAUACUGUGUGUAUCUUGGGAAAGUGGGACAUUUACUCUGCUCCUACUAAAUGCUUAGAGUAUCAUUUUAUUUAUUGAAUUACUUUGCUUGCCUUAAAUCAAAAGCCAAAAUAAAAGCCUAUUGAUGUUUUGUGAUCCCUUUGAAUACAUUGCUAUGGAUGUGGGAUAGGCUUAUGUUACAGAAAUUGGCUUUGAAUAGAUAUAGCUUUAUAUAUAAACAGUAAAUUUAAGUUCCACUGUGCAUAGGGAGCCUUGUAAUAUAAUAACAAUUCAUGUGCAUCUUUCAUAAGCGGAUCUCCAUAACCAGUAAUACUUUUGCUUAAACUGUGUGGAAACUGGCUAUACUUUACAUUCUGCAUAGAAAGUUUCUAAAUUGUUCUUUAACUCGAUUGCAUCCCUAGUCAGGAUCAAAGGGGUUUGUUAGUAGACGCUGCUCCAUUGAGCAGUGGGGAGAGUUUGAAAUGUGUACGAUGGCAGAGAGGAGGUGGCUAAAACCACAACAGAACUGGAGGUGUUGUUUUUAGGAGUCUUAUUAGAUACUUGAACAGGUAGAGAGAUACUCCAGCUUUUCAGUUGAUCAGGGAAGUAAAUGUUUCAAUGCACUAAAUCCUACAGGAGUCUUGCCAGGCUUCUAACUGUUACUUAACUGUCAGUAAACUUGAAUAUAGUGUUAUAUACAUAGUCUUUUUCAAAUUCAGGGAUCCUCAGCACUCUGUGGAGGACUAUAUCACUUGCCAGACAAUGCCAGACAAUUGAACUCAAAUUGUAUAGGAUAAGUUUUUGUUUUGAGCACCGAACUAAAUGUUUUAUUUUUUAUUUUAAAUUAUUAUUAAAAGGGAAGCAAGAACCCUCAGUGACUUGAAUUUUCAUGUUACAUACAAACCCAUACAUAUCAGGUUACUUAUUAUUUAUCGAAUGUUUAUUGUAUUUGUUUUUUGAUGCCUCUACGCCCUGGCUCUGCUUUCCAUGUGUCUGUGAACUGCUCUGUGUGUGUGUGUGUUACUCCAUAUUGCGGCUGAUCUCUUAUGCAAGUACUGAGAUUGUGUCAAAUCCUGUUACUUUUUUUCUACCAAUGAUGCCAAUAAAGCAAACUAUUUAUCACA